UAGUUUGGGGAAGUUGGCCCUUGGCGGAAGAAAGCAUGUACAGCGCUCUUUGACCAACAUAGUCUCAUUUUCAUCAGCUGAUGUUUUAUAACUUUACAUAAAUGCUUCAUGGUUCAGUUAAAACUUGAGCUAGUCAGUUAGAGCACAUCCUCUGCUUCUAAUCAAGACUAAAGAUGAGAGAUCAGAGAAGAAGAGCUUUGAAAACAAUCGUUCACUUGAUCAGUAAUCUUCUGUGGGUGAUGGGACUGUUGGUGGGCCUGGCUGGAGUUUACUUGCUGCUGAGCUACAAACACAGCAGCUUGUUUUUUUCCAAUGUCUACAUCAUCCUGCCAGCUGUCCUCGCUCUCUGCAGCGCCGUGCUCCUGGUGGUCAUCGGCUGCUUCGGUUCCUGUCACAGCAUCAGUGAUUCCCCUUGUCUCCAGGGUCUGUUUGUUUAUCUUUUAGUGUUGGUCCUCUGUGUGGAGAGUACAGCCUCAGCGUUGGCUUAUUUGCACUACACAAAGAUGGAUUCUGAGUUAGCCCCUCUCAAAGGAGUGUUUCAGAAUUACACAGGGAGCAGCCAAGACCCCAACUCUCGAGCUGUGGAUAUUAUACAGGAGGAGCUGCAUUGUUGUGGUGUCACUAACUACACAGACUGGUUGGAUACCCCCUGGUUUCACAGCACAGGAGAACUGUGGUUACCUCACAGCUGCUGCAACUCUUCUUACCGUUCCUGCAAUGGCAGAGUGGACCAGCCAUGGCGGCUUAAUUCACAGGGCUGCAUGGUAAAGCUGGAGAUGGCUGUACAGUUUGUGCUGAGUUUCAUCAUGUGGUGUUCCCUGUGGGUGUUUCUGGUGGAGGUUGCUUUGUUCCUGACUGUAGGACAGCUGAUGAUAGACCGGCCAGCAGACACUAAACAGGAACACAAAAGGCUUUUGAGCUGACAUUAUCAUACCAAAUCAAAUGCAGAAUUACUUGCUUGAAUUACUGUUAAAGUGCAUUUUGUGCUGUAUUGUACACUAGAGACAAGUAACCUAUAUUUGGAUAAACAUGAUUUUUUGAAAAGGGUUUUGACAUCUGUAUUACAUUAGUGAUCUAAACCAAUGCCUUUCUUUAAUUCAUAUUUUGUUUACUUCAGUGUAAAUCUUACUUUUGUUAUAUACUGCUGAUGACUCUUCUCUCUCCUGUUUUGCUGUUGUAAUUACCACAUUUCCCCCAAGGGGGAUCAAUAAAGGUUUCCCUUAUCUGAAAUUCA